AUCAAAGGGGGCGGGUGUGCGGACGUUCCCGGAAGCUUAAGAGGCCCAGCGGGUGCUAGACCUGGAGCCUAAACCUGGUGGACUGGGUGCUUAGCAACGGGGGAGGUGCCCCGUAACGGGGUCGUAACGGGGUGUCUAGGCAGGGGGCAGCACAGGAAUUGUGAAUGCUUAACAGCCCAGGGCAAUGUGGCUGGAGCUAGGUGCCAUGCUGCGCAGGACCUGUGGACCGCUGGGCAGGGCUGUUCGUCUGCCCUGUGGGGGGGCCCUAGGACCUAGGCCCCACUGGUGGGGGCCAUGUAGGAGUUGCUUGGCCCAAAGUGUUCAUCAAGACCAGCCUGGAAGAGGCCUCAGUGAAGAUGACAUUCGCAGGGCACGGGAGGCCCGGCUCAGGAAGGCACCCCGGCCCCAGCUGAGUGAUCGCUCUCGUGAACGCAAGGUGCCUGCCUCCCGCAUCAGUCGCUUGGCCAGCUUUGGGGGGCUGGCUGUGGGCUUGGGCCUGGGAGCGCUGGCUGAGGUGACUAAGAAGUCCUUGCCAGGUGGAAGUCUGCAGCAUGAGGGCGUCUCUGGAUUGGGCUCCAGUCCUUUCCUCUCCGAGGCCAAUGCUGAGAGGAUCGUGCAGACCUUAUGUACAGUCCGGGGGGCUGCCCUCAAGAUCGGCCAAAUGCUCAGUAUCCAGGACAACAGCUUUAUCAGCCCCCAGCUUCAGCGAAUCUUUGAGAGGGUCCGACAGAGUGCCGACUUUAUGCCCCGCUGGCAAAUGAUGAGAGUUCUAGAAGAGGAGCUAGGCAAGGACUGGCAAGACAAGGUGGCCUCCCUCGAGGAAGUGCCCUUUGCUGCUGCCUCCAUUGGGCAGGUACACCAAGGCUUGCUAAAGGAUGGGACUGAGGUGGCUGUGAAGAUCCAGUACCCAGGUGUUGCCCAGAGCAUCCAGAGUGACGUGGAGAACCUGCUGGCCCUGCUCAAGAUGAGUGUGGGCCUGCCAGAGGGCCUGUUUGCUGAGCAGAGCCUGCAGACCUUGCAGCAGGAGCUGGCUUGGGAAUGUGACUACUGCAGAGAAGCGGCCUGUGCCCAGACCUUCAGGAUCUCACUGUGUGUCCCUGGCCGACCUUGAACUUGCAUCAGUCAUUCUGACUCUGCUUUCCGAGUGCUGCGAUUACAGGUGUGCCCUAGACCUGGCUAUUAUAGUGUUUUCAAUACUACUGGUUGAAUCUCUCUUUUUUUAAAUUUUUUAUUUAUUUUAGUUAUUUUAAAUAUAUGUGAGAUUUUGGACUCCCCUGGAGUUACAGGCAGUUGUGAGCCACCUAAUCUGGGUGCUAGAACCGGAACUUGAGUCUUCUAGAAAAACAGCAAACAUGUUCCCCAACUGCCAAGCCACUAACCAAGUCUCUCCCCCAUCCCCCUACCCCCCCCCCCUCUUUUUUUUUGAAAUAGGAUUUCAGUCUGUAGCCCCAGUUGGCCUGGAACUCACCAUGUGGCUAUGCUGGCCUUGUACUGAUUCUGCUGCCUCUGCCUCUCCACUGCUAGGAUUAUAUGCCUGUGCCACCUCAGCUGGGUCUCCAUGCCAGAGUAUUUUGUGGCAGGGCAAAUGAACAGAUUACAGCUAAUGGAGAACAGUGUGGCUAUGUCUUAGGGUUAUGGUCAUGCACAACAAUUAAGGACAGCUCAAGUCUGAGGAUGUAGCUUAGUUGAUGUGUGCGUAGCCUGCAUCAGUCACGCUCUGCGGCCAAUCCUCGGCACCCCGUAAGCCUGGUAUGGUGGCUCAUGCCUAUAACCCUAGCACUCAAGAGGUAGAAGCCAGACGUUCAAGGUCACCCUCAGGAAUGUAACUGAGUUUGAGGCCAGCCUGGGCUACAUGAGACACCAUCUCAAAAAAGCAACACAAUACAACAAAACGAAAAGAGACACCCAGAGAAGAACCUUACAGUAAGGCUCACAAGUCAGCGAUGUCUCCCAGCAUGCCAAGCUCAGGUGAAGGGGAGGAGGCCGUCCAGACAAGAGUCAUGCAAGGCAUGUGUGUGGACCCUGCUGAGAAUGGGCUUCAGUCUCAGGUCAGCCCACAAGGCUGUGUGGCCUGAUUCCAUUCAGUAGCCUCGGGAGACUGUUCUCCUAGGGGAGGUGUGCUGAUUAGUGCUUAGCACAGGCCUGCCUUUUGAGAAGUAGGGCCAGUGUCAGAGAGCUCAUAAACUAGGACUACAUACCAACCCAAAGUAGGACCCCGCAAGGCAGAGUGACACUGGGUGACAGGCCAGAGCAAGAUCUGAGGACAUUCUCCCAGGGUCCCCCGAAGCCUUUGUAUGCCUCUGCUGCCUGCCCAUCUGCCUGUUCCCAGCAUCCCCACAGGUGGGUCAACACUCAACUUCCUCACCUGCUGUGCAAGGCAUGUGGAGGCCGGAGAACAGCCUCACUUAGGUCUCCAUCUGUUCUUUGAGACAGAACCUCUCUCUGGCCCAGAACUGGACUCAGACUGGGCCGACUGGCCAUGGAGCCCCAGGGAUCCAGCUGUUGCUGCUUCCCCAUGGCUGGGAUUACAGUUGUGCCCCUCCUAACUUUUGUGGGUUCUGGUGGUAAAACGGGAGUCCUCAUGCUUGUGUGGGAAGCCCUUUUCUAAUGGAGUUGUCUCCUUGGCCCCUUGGUUUUGAGGAUAGAACGCCGUGUAGCCCAGACUGGCCUCAAACUCCCUAUGUAGCUGAGGGUACCCUUGAACUCUGCCUCUCGAGUUCAGGUGUGUACCAUCUCGGGUCUUAAUGGCGGACUAUUACAUGACAGGAAACACUGCCACCAUGUUAUUGCAGCAGUCAAUGCUGAAAUGGCACGGAAGUAUACUACACCCUGUGUACCAUGCAUGUACUUUCUGCCUCUACCUCCCAGUUGCUGGGACUACAGGUGUGCACCACCACAUCUGUGUCAGAGAUGGAGCCUCCAGUUUAUUUACUGCUGUCUAGAGUCCAGGACCCUCCUAAACGUACAGGGGACACAGUCCUAGACACCCCCAGUGGAUGCCUGAAGCUCAGUUAGUUCCCAACCCUGUGUAGACUGUUUUCCCAGUGAGAACCUAUGGUGGGGUCAACCUCACAGGCUAGGCACAGAGUUCCCUGCUGCAGCAAGCGUAUGCCACUAGGAAGACUUGUGUUCCAGGCGUCUGCCCACAAGAUGAAUACCUUUCCACCUUUGUUCAAACUGUCAUCCUCCUGCCUCAGCCUACUCAUGCAGGGACUGCAAGCCUGCUCCACUUCACAGGGUGCUUCAGUCACCUUACCCAAGCAUUUGUCUCACACAGUGAGAGUAACUCUUUUUUUUUUCCCACAGCACUCUGGGCAUGCCGUGUUUUUGUUAUCUUUUUUUUUAAUUAGGUAUUUAUUUCAUUUACAUUUCUAAUGCUAUCCCAAAAGUCCCCCACACGCUCCCCCAUUCACUCUCCCACCCACCCACUCCCACUUCUUGGCCCUGGCGUUCCCCUGUACUGAGGCAGAUAAAGUUUGCACGACCAUUGGGCCUCUCUUUCCACUGAUGGCCGACUAGGCCAUCCUCUGCUACAUAUGCAGCUAGAGACACGAGCUCUGGGAAGUACUGGGUAGUUCAUAUUGUUGUUCCAGGGGAGUAACUCUUACAGUUUGUGGUAAAACUGGCACAGAUUUCCUCUUUCUUUGUCAUGAUUCCAUGCAUAGAUUGGUUCUCACUAAUAAUUUUUUUUAAAAAAGAUUUAUUUAUUUUAUGUAUGUGAGUACACUGUAGCUAUCUUCAGAUACCAGAAGAGGGCACCAGAUCUCACUAUAGAUGGUUGUGAGCUACCAUGUAGUUGCUGGGAAUUCAACUCAGGACCUCUGGAAGAGCAGUAGUGCUUUUAACCACUGAGCCAUCUCUCCAGCUCCCCUCACUAAGAAUCUUGACGGACUGUGGCAUUUUUUCUAUUCUCUUCAUUGAACCUGAGCACUUUACCUUCUCACCGAAAGACAGCACUCUGUGGGCUGUGAGGUGGCUCCUCAGUUAACGACCUUGCCACCCAGCCCGAUGGCCUGGAUUGGCUCUCUGGGACCCAGAGAGUGGAAAGAGGGAACUGAUAAUCCCCACAGGGUUAUCCCCUGUCAUCCACAUGUGCUCCACGACCUGUGACAGACAGAUAGAGACAGACUGCACACGCACGCAUGCACAUGCCCUCACAUGUGUGCACACACUUAAAAAAAAUGUAAAAAAAAAAAAAAGAAAGAAAAAAUUAGCCGGUCAUCCUCCUGUAAGCAGCCCUGGUGAUGCUCAUUUUAAAAAGACAAGAAAGUAGAAGGAUGAGUUGUGAAGUGGGGACCAGCAGGGAUGGGAGGGAUGAGAGAGGGUGACAGUGAGCUAAAAUACAUCGUGUGUGUGUGUGCCUGUGUGUGUGAUGUGUGUGAAGAUACCAUAAUGAAAUCUGCUGUGUAUGACUAAUACAUAUUAAUUGAAAAAGACAAAACAGUUUA